GUUUGGCCACCUUCAUCAUCACACUCUCCCUUUGAUCCAAAAAUGGUUGGGUGGGCUAUAGCUGUGCACGGCGGUGCCGGUGUUGACCCUAACCUUCCAACAGAACGUCAAGAACUCGCCAAACAACUCCUCACUCGGUGCCUCAAUCUCGGUAUCACUGCUCUUCGAUCCUCCGUUUCCGCCAUUGAUGUCGUUGAACUCAUUGUUCGUGAAUUGGAGACGGACCCGAUAUUCAACUCGGGUCGUGGAUCAGCACUGACGGAGGAUGGGACGGUGGAGAUGGAAGCGAGCAUAAUGGAUGGUCCGGGGCGGAGAUGUGGUGCGGUUUCUGGAGUGAGCACCGUUAAGAACCCCGUUUCGCUGGCUCGCCUUGUGAUGGAGAAAUCACCACACUCGUAUCUGGCCUUUUCUGGCGCUGAAGAUUUCGCCGAACAAAUGGGUGUGGAAAGAGAAGAGAAUGGGUAUUUUGUCACUGAAGAUAAUAAGGGGAUGCUCAAAAUAGCCCAGGAAGCUAACUCCAUUGUGUUUGAUUAUCGGAUCCCGACCAACGGAUUCGAAUCAUGUGGAGUUGGGGUGGAGAGCCCAAUUCGCAUGAACGGUCUUCCCAUCAGCGUGUACGCACCCGAGACUGUAGGGUGCGUGGUAGUCGACAGCCAAGGGCGUUGCGCAGCGGCAACAUCCACAGGAGGGCUGAUGAACAAGAGGAGCGGGAGAAUUGGUGAUUCUCCAUUAAUCGGAGCAGGGACGUACGCAUGCAAUAUCUGUGCGGUAUCUUGCACGGGUGAAGGUGAGGCCAUAAUCCGUGGAACCCUUGCACGAGAAGUGGCGGCGGUUAUGGAGUACAAGGGGUUGGGUUUACAGGAGGCAGUGGAUUUUGUGAUCAAAGAGAGGCUAGAUGAAGGGCAAGCAGGGCUGAUAGCAGUGUCUAACACGGGUGAAGUGGCUUGUGGAUUUAACUGUGUAGGUAUGUUUAGAGGGUGCGCCACUGAAGAUGGGUUCAUGGAGGUUGCUAUAUGGGAGUGAUGUGAUCACACCACAUGCACCGCGUUAACUUUGUAGAUAACUAUAAUAAGUUGCAGCUUCUAUACUUCACUACCUUGUUUAAUCUAUGUUGGACCUUUUAAAGUUGUUUAUUUUAUUUUAUUUUAUGUUUAUUUCAUUGUUUAUGUUAGCAUUUGUUUGGUGCAAUAAAUGACAAUGAAAUUAA